CACAAACAUACACGGAGAAGCUUCCGUGUUGUCACCAUUACGGUAAUUGAAGAUCAGCUAUAGAACAUCGCGAUGGAGGACUUAUAGAAGACACCAUGUCCCGUUUACAAUAAGCACCAUCGUCAUUAUCAAUUACCUCUCGAGUUCAUCGUUUGUCUAAGGUAUCCUCACUCAGAACGCGGAAACAAUGGUCAAGCUACUUCCUACCUUCGUGCUCCAAGCUGGCUUCGCUCUCGCAGCAGCGGAGUAUCUCAACUGGACUACUUACAUCGCCAACGGUGUGAACCUGGGCGGGUGGCUCGAGCAAGAAAGCACCAUCGAUACUACUUGGUGGGCUAAAUAUUCCAAGGGUGCGGACGAUGAAUGGGGCCUUUGUGUGAAUCAAGGCUCCCAGUGUGGUCCUAUUCUCGAGCGAAGAUAUGCGACCUAUAUCACCACCUCGGAUAUCGAUACGUUGGCGAACGCCGGAGUGAACACUUUGCGUAUCCCCACCACAUAUGCUGCUUGGGUCAAAGUGCCCGGGUCCCAGCUGUACUCUGGGAACCAGGUAUCCUUCCUGAACAACAUUGCAACAUAUGCUAUCACUAGGCAUUCCAUGCAUAUCAUCAUCGAUGUACACUCCUUACCAGGUGGAGUGAACGGUAUGGCGUUCGGGGAGGCAACAGGGCACUAUGGAUGGUUCAACAACCAAACUGCGAUGGAUUAUUCCCUUCAGGCUAUCGACUCCGUCAUUGCCUAUAUUCAAAACUCCAGCCAUCCUGAAUCUUAUACUAUUGAGCCUAUCAACGAGCCCGUCGACAAUAAAGAUAUGUCAGCAUUCGGGAGUCCAGAAGCAUUGUCCGAUGAAGGCGCAGCUUGGGUUUUGAAGUACAUUCAGGCAGUACUGGACAAGGUUGAGGUGAUCAGCCCGGAUAUACCGGUCAUGUUCCAAGGCAGUUUCCGAGGCGAGGAGUACUGGUCACCAAACUUCUCUACAUCCGCUAACCUGGUAUUCGAUGUGCACAACUAUUAUUUUGCCGGACGAGGAGCAACCGGUCAGAAUAUUACGAACUACAUCUGUGCCGAUGCAAAGAAUGGAGCCGGUGAUGGCAAAUUUCCCGUAUUUGUCGGCGAAUGGUCGAUCCAGGCACAGUACAAUAACUCCUUUGCUGACAGAGAUGAAGCUCUCAACACCGGGCUCUAUGCUUUCGCGAAAGAUUCCCAGGGGAGUGCCUAUUGGAAUGCCAAGUUUUCGGGGAAUGCAACCGUCGACGGCCAAGGUACACAGGCUGACUACUGGAAUUACAUGACUUGGAUUGACAAUGACAUGAUCCAUCCGGACGAAGCUUCUGGGGUGUGUGCUUAGAUGUGAUUUCUGAAUACGGGAGAAAAGGGCAGUGAUCUAGCCUCAUCGAG